UCUUGACUACAACAGUCAUCUGACUUCAGUAUAUAUACACGGAAGCAACACUGAGACACAGACACUAACACGGUAAACCCUGAAAGAUACACAAGCACCAAAACAGCAGGUCUUAGUCAUGAGGGUGUUUGUGUUGCUGGUCGCUUCAGUUCUCUCUGGCUGCAAUGCCAGCUUCUUCUAUGCUGAUGCUCCAAAGCCACAGCUAGAUGUGUUGACUGAUGCUUUCUGGGACUACAUUGCCAAGGCCACACAGACAGCUGAUGAUACUCUGGAGAUGAUUAGGAAAUCACCAUUUGGACAGGAACUUAAUGCCCGCUUGACAGAGAGUGCUGACUUAGCCAGCAAGUAUGCUGUGACCCUGCAGGAGCAGCUUUCCCCCGCAGCCCAAGACCUGAUGAACAAGAUCACCACAGAGGCUGACAUGUUAAAAAGUCUGCUGACCCAGGAGCUUAGCUCUGUCAGAGACAAACUGGAGCCCUACACCAAUAACAUGAAGGCCCAGAUCCAGCAGAGGGUUGACCAGCUGAAGCAGGAGCUGUCCCCUUACGCCGACUCCUUGGACUCCGAAGCCUUGAGGUCCACCCUGAUUCAAAAGAGCGAGGAGCUGAAGAUCAGCCUGGAACAAAGCGUGAAGGACCUGCAGGCUCAACUGGGGCCCUACACAGAAGACCUGAAGCAGAAGGUUGACCGACACCUGGAAGAGUUCCGGAAAAGUGUAGCCCCCAUGACCGAGAAGGUCCAGGUAGAGCUGAGCCAGAGAGCCAGUCUGGUGAAGCAAAUUGUGGCUCCCUAUGCUGAGGACCUGAGGGAGAAACUAGACCCUUACGCCCAAGACCUCCAGUCCCAGCUCAUGUCUCUCUACGAGUCAUUCGUCAAAUCCAACUAAGCCAUCUUCAAGCACAGCAGACAAAAUUAAACACAAUCCUGAAAAAUGGGUUCCACCACCAUAUGAAGGAUGACAAACGAGACAACAAUCUUGUACUGUAAAUGAGAUCUAACUGUCUGAAUAUCCAUAUCCAAGUUAUAUUUAUUUUUGAGUACUAAAACAAGCAAACCCUGCACUUGUCAACAUGUAUAUAUAUGCUGUUUAUACUGUGUUGUGAAAUGAAACUGUGAGCAUUUUUGUAAUUUCUCUAAGUUAUCUAAAAUAAAAAAUAGAUAAAAAAAUA